CUCUUUUGCGAGAGGGUGUGGCUACUCCCUCCUUGGGUCUGGACAUGACACCGCUUAUUUAUGUUUUGCCAGGUGGUACCUACAUACAUACAUGAUAUACCCAAGCCAGUGGUAAUACGUUCUCAUGAGUAACUAAGGUAGAAAAGCCAUGUAAGGAACACAACCCUAAGUGUUAGAGAUGUUAUGAGGUUUAAGUUAGGAUGGGGGUGUCUGUUUUUCUGAGGGUAGAGGUCCCCCCCCCGACCUAUUCAGGAGCCUCGACAAUUUCAGUUAAUACCUAGACCGCCUCAGUUUCUUUUUCGUGCGUGGUGUGCACUCAGUCUCCCUCAGUUGCUCCCUCUCCCUCUCCCUCUCCCUCUCCCUCUCCCUCUCCCUCUCUGUAGUAGUGGAAUUAUGGCGCUGAAGCAACUCAGGCUUUCUCUGUGUCGACAGGAGAUCCCCCAAACACCUAUUCAUUGCGUCUUGUACGGGAGACGUGGAGUCCAUGCAGAUGGGGCAAUAUUGGGGAGCCUAUUAUCACGCUGCCCUUUUUCAGUACUAGUGUGCAGCGAGCUAAAACAAGAGGUGGACAAUGUCGCGGACAUAUUUCAACUGGAACCGAUGGAUAGUGGCGAACUCUGCAGGGUUGGGUCCUCAUCGGCGAAUGUUUUGGUGUUUGCCUAUCCACACUACACAGUAUGCAGUCGGGUAACACUCGCCCAGUUGCAGGACUUCAUGGUUUUUACAAAGGAGGAAAUGAACAUUCAGCCAUCUACCAUGGAUCUCGACAUAGCUCCUUUUUUGUAUGAUAAUGAAGAACUGCUAGCGAUGGGAAGUCCACCUAGCGAGCUGCAACAAGCAGUACGCACAAGAGUGCCACAAUUAAACGGCAGGUAUGCCUGGAUUAGAGAUCCGCUACGAAGCUGGAGCUGGACAGAGAAUAUAUGGAACACGAGACUACUCCACUGUGUCAAAGGGGCAGUGGAAAGUCGAGGAUUACAAAUAUGUGAUGCCUUCAAUUGGUCUCCUUCAAACUACCAGGACAACCUACUCUCUGUUUUCCCCGAACUUCAGCGUAAAGAAUUGCACAUAACUCCAUUCAUGGGAAGCACGGACCUACCCAUUCUGGGUAGGGAAGGUGUGGCCCUUAUUCACAUUAGUGAAGAGGCUGAAGCUAUCAGUCUUGAGAUCGGGUCAGUACUUUGCAUUGAAGAACUGAAACUAGAAACUGGUGAGCAAGUCAUAGUCCCAUCAAAACUAGGUGAACUCCUAGCGAGUACGUACCUGUUCGCCAGCCUACACCACCUGAACAGCAACUACCACAAUAUGGCACAUGACCCAGAGUGGCGGGCAUAUGGUCUUCUUGUCAUAAGAGGCUCCGGAAUAAUUGGAAUCAAAAUGAACCUGGACAAUACAAGAUGCAAGACAACAAUACUUUUUAAUAAGUGCUCUCUAAAGAACCUGAAAGAUUAUUUGGUGUACCUGAUACAAGCUGUACAGUGAUAUAUAUAUUCUGUCUGCUUAACCACAGCGCCAUUGUCUGCUUUGCACGUGCUGCUUCCUUGGUUCAAUUUCAAUAUUUCUUUCACGAGCUCCUUUUUUGUAUGACUGCUAGCGAUGGGAAGUCCACCUAGCGAGCUGCAACAAGCAGUACGCACAAGAGUGCCACAAUUAAACGGCAGGUAUGCCUGGAUUAGAGAUCCGCUACGAAGCUGGAGCUGGACAGAGAAUAUAUGGAACACGAGACUACUCCACUGUGCCAAAGGGGCAGUGGAAAGUCGAGGAUUACACCUUCAAUUGGUCUCCUUCAAACUACCAGGACAACCUACUCUCUGUUUUCACCGAACUUCAGCGUAAAGAACUGCACAUAACUCCAUUCAUGGGAAGCACGGACCUAGCCAUUCUGGGUAGGGAAGGCGUACACAAACAAAACUUAACGGAUGCGUGGAAGACGAGGAUGCUCAUAGCUUAACAAAAUGAAUGUCCUUCUUUAGCCCUAGCCCUACAAAUGCAUAUGUCUAUGUUAUGUAUGUACGUACAUGUAUGUGUGUAUAAACUCUACACGCCCUGCUAUCUCUGUCAUGAUGUGGUUCGAGAAGGUUCGAGAGGCUCUUGAACCACCCCAAACAAGUGCAUAAGCACCCUGCAAACCCUGUAUAGAUGUAUGUAGAGAAGGUUCCGUAGAGUCGAACCACUCUGAACUCAUGUGGUAUGGCGCAUUAUGUGUACCCCUUCACACCUUGAUGUUCCCCAUAAUACUCACUCUUUUGUGGGGAAAAGCCUUCCGGCACAACCAGCUACUUGUUUCUGCCAGCUUAUAUUUGUUUCUGCCAGUGAGAGUCAGCCAUGUGACUGCAAAUGCACCAGUCAACAGAUAACUGAGUAAACUGUGGUUUUUCGCUCUCUAUUUUGCCAAGGAGCAUAUGCUAGGGUA